UGAGUGAGCAAUACGAGAAGAAAGAAGACGGUGUGAAAAAGUGCACGCGAAUUUUUUCAAGUAAAAAAUUAGCAGGAAGAAUAGAUAAAUUAUUAUUUUUUCAUUGAGAAAUUUAUAUUGCAUGCAGAAACAAAUUAAAUAUAAUAAUGUUUCUAUUUAUUUGAGUGAAAUUAUGUAAAUAAGUAAAAAUAUUAAAAAAAUAUAUGUGGUGUUUGUGUAGUUGGAAAUAGAAAAAAGCUGUUGUUUUACUGGUGCUGUUGCUGCGCUGCUGCUGCGAAAUUGUCUGUUAUAAAAAAUUGUCCGUUUUUCUAUAAACAGAUUAUUUAUUGAUUCAUUAUGAUGGAACUGGAACCACGAGUUGCCUUGUUGCAAGACUUACGUUUACAAACUUUUGAUUCAAUACGCUUUGCUUCGUAUCGUACUGCUUCCAAAUUGCGUUAUAUUCAAAAGUCGACAAAUUUGCAUUUAGUUGAUAUAUGGAAUGUUAUUGAAGCUUUUCGUGAAAAUGGUUUAAAUACUUUGGAACCCCAGAGUGAUGUGAGUGUGGCCCGUUUAGAGACGCUGGUUUCAUCGCUGUAUCAUAAUCUGAACAAACGUUUACCGACUGCACAGCAGGUCCCGGUUGAUUCAAAGGCAGGACUAUUGCUUAAUUGGUUGCUAGCAGCAUAUACCAGUGACAAUUCUGGCAAAAUACGGGUGUUUUCUAUAAAAGUGGCUUUGGCUACGAUGUGUUCCGGCAAAUUGGUAGAUAAAUUAAGAUAUAUUUUUUCUCAGAUCUCGGAUGGUGCAGGUCAAUUGGUUAGCUGGAAAUUGGGUGAAUUUUUAAGAGAGGUGCUUGCUUUGCCUGCUGCUGUGUACGAAUCGCCUACUUUUCACUAUAAAGAGGGAUUGGAGGAACAGAUAUUCUCGUCAGAAAAUAAAGUUACUGUUAAUGAUUUCAUGGCAACACUUAUGUCUGAACCUGGCCCUUCGUGUCUCGUAUGGUUACCUUUGCUGCAUCGGUUGGCUACAGUUGAAACGAUUGUGCAUCCGACAAUCUGCUCUGUCUGUCACAAGGAAAACUUCACUGGCUUUCGUUACCGUUGUCAGCGGUGUCACGCCUACCAACUGUGCCAGGAAUGCUUUUGGCAUGGCAAGACAUCACUGAACCAUCAAAACGAUCACGAAGUCAAGGAAUAUUCAAGUUACAAAUCGCCCAGUAAACAGAUUGGUCAUUCGUUGCGCAAAAGUUUCCGAUGUGUGCCAGAGAAGACGACUCAAGUGUUGCCACGAUUUCCUGAACAGCCGGAGAAGACACUGAAUUUGUCACAUAUUGUGCCACCCUCACCACUGCCUUCGCAUAAUGGUUUCACUGAUCCGACAAUGCUUCAUGGCUUAGGUGGUGCUAUACCAGGAGGUGGGGGCGGAGGUCUACCCAGCGGUCUUAUGUUUGAUCGUUCUAGCACCAUCGAUUCACGAGCCACUGGACGAAGUAUUGACAGUGCGAAUGGUGUUUCAUCAUCGCGGGUGGCGGCUGCAUCAGCAAAUGAUGAAGAACAUCGUUUAAUAGCUCGAUAUGCAGCCCGACUUGCCCAGGAAAAUCGUGCACCAAGUAGCAGCAGUGCAGCCAAUGCCGACAAUCAGCAUCCAAUAGCUUCGGACAACUCACGUGCUCAACGGGAGCUUAUAACACAACUAGAAUCAAAAAAUAAAGAAAUUAUGCGUGAAAUCGCGAGGUUAAGGCGACAACAAGAAGCCGAACAAAUGGCACCUGAAAAUCCUGCUCUAAUUAGUGAGUUACGCGCUUUGCGUCAACGCAAAGGCGAACUCGAGGGCCACCUGGGAGCUUUGCAAGACUCACGACGGCAACUAAUGGAACAACUGGAGGGUCUAAUGCGAAUGUUAAAGAGUCAACAAACUUCUUCGCCCAGAUCCACACCAAAUUCUAGCCCUCGUUCUGGUAAAUCACCUCCCAUGCCUGGAGGCAGUCAUUCGGUUGUAGGCAGUGGUGGUAGCGGUGGUAUAAACACCCUGGGAACAUCUCCAAUUGGUUCAAUGCAUACCCAAUCGUCUGCCCACUCACUAAUGGGCACUGGGAAUGUGUUGCGCGUUCAACAGGCAGCCUCGUUAAAUCAAGGUUCGUUUAAUCCAAAUCAAAUGGAUCAUGUUAGUCCACAAAUGAGUGGCGAUAUGAGAGGAGGUUUUAGCACUAAUGGGAGUGGUAUUAAUCCAGAUGAAGGGUUUCAAAAUGCAAAUUAUGAGUUUUAUGAAGAAAUUUUUGAUUAUGAUCUCAAUCCAUUAUCGACACUUCUUAAUGACUCAAAUACAGACAUACGUCAUAUAGAAGGUGGUGAAUCAGAGGACGAAGAUGAAGAGUAUGAUAAUUUCGACAUGGAUUACAGCUUUGGUCGUCUAAAUCUUGGUGAUAGUGGCAUUUUGAGCCUACAACAACAAUAUGAAACAUAUUUAAACUCUCAACAUGACAAAUGCGACGACCCCGAGGAAAUAAUUGAGUUUCAUCUUGUGAAUGAUACCGACAUUGAGUUAGAUUCCGAUCUUGAUAUUGCCGAAGAACAGGCUAACAUAAAUCGUAUAAUGGGAUAUAAAAACUAUCCAGAAAUCCUAAUCGAUGAUCCGGAUGCUGGUUUUCCCCUACUGCAUGAAAUCGAUUUUGAUGACCCUCAAUCAAUCGAUUGGACGGAUAAGACUAAUUCAAGCAGCAGCCAAUGGCAGGAACAAUUCGCCCAGUGGUCUUUACAUACUCAAAAGAACUAAUUCCAUGUUUAUUGUUAUUUAAAAAUAAAUUAAUAAAACUAAAAAACAACUUAUUAAAUUAUAUAAAUGAUAAAAUUAUUUGUAACUUAGUUCAAAUACAUACUUAAAUAUAUACACAAUGAUAUGAUCUUAAUAUAUAAACAUAAUAUACACAAAAACCUAUUAUAUAUACAUAUGUAUGUAUGUACGCAUGUAUGUAUCUAUUAACAAUUCGUAUACUUAAUUAACUAGAUGAGAAAAAAAAUACUUAUAUACUGAAGAUACUUAACAUUAGUACAUACACAAAACAGUAAUGUGAACUUUUUUUAUUUAAUUCUAAUAAUAUACAUAUAAAUAAUUUUAAUAUUUAUAAAUUAAUAAAGUACUUAGUUUAAUAUUAAAAGAAAAAAUUACCAUAAACUUAAGUUUUAAAUAAAUUUCUAUAGGAAUAUUUCAUACACAUACAUACGUUUAUAAAUUAUUUGUUACAACAUGAAACUAACGUAAUUUAAAAGAUAUUUUUACUUGAAAUUCUUUAACAGAAUCUCUUUGCUUUGUCUUGUCAAAAAUAUUCUAUUUUAUAUAACAUAGUAUUUCUGCAUAUAUAAUAAUAAAAAAAACAAAAAUAAAAUGAUUUUAUAUUAAAAA